CUGGAUCUCGCAGUAGUGCCCCUCCCCGCCCGUCCCGGAGUCCCCGAAAGCAGCAUUUAGUGCAAAGCACUGUGUGCACACAACUUUGACUGCAGCCACUAGAACCGCGUCGCCCGGCUUGACUUCUUUACAGUUUUUAGAUCUGCAGCAUGUCUUCCACCAAGCAGAGAAACAAGAGCCACUCUGAUCGCAGUUCGUCCGCUUUGCAAGAUGACGUGGCAAAGAGGAGCCUGAAGGGGGGCAAGGGGACCGCUGAGUCGCCGUCAACCAUUGGAAAAGUGCUGAACGUCCUGCUCUUUUUAGUCCUAGCCGCAGCGGCUGCAGUUUUCGGCUGGUAUGUCCACAGCCUCUCGGAGCAGAUCAACCAUUUGCACCAAAGGAACGAAGAGAUAUCCCUUCGAAGCAACGACCUGACGAAGAAGAUGGAAACGCUCCUUCAACAGGUGGAAUCAACAAAAGUCAUGAUGAACAAACUGGAAUCAGUGCUUCAUAGCAAUCAGCAGGAACUGCAAAAAACUAACAAUGCAGUCUUGAAGGGUGAAAGCAAGACAACCCAAAUUGGUGAAACUCUACAGAAACUACAGACUGAAAUACUGCGAGAUCUCUCUGAUGGCAUCCAAGAUGUACGGGAUGCGAGGGAAAGGGACUUCACUUCUCUUGAAAAAACAGUAGAAGAAAGAUUAACAGAAUUAACCAAAUCAAUCCAUGAUAACAUCGCUGUUUUUACAGAGCUUCAGAGGAAGAGUCAGAAUGAUAUUGAUGCAAUUAAAUCAAAGAUUGAGUCAUUAGAAUUAGCGGUUGAGACGAAGAGUCAAGAAACUACAUCUUUAGUCGAUAAAUAUAAUCAGUUGGAAAGUACAUUACGGUCACAGCAGUCUGCAUAUGGUACACUGAAGGAAUCAGUCUCCAAAACAGAAAACAUUGUCAAUGGUAUAUCUGAAGAAAUUCACCAAAGUCAGCAGGAUUUACAGGAAGCGAAGAAGAAGUUGAAUGAGCAAAUAAAGACAAUGAUAUCAGAAGCAAGUAAUACUAUAGAGAAUGUAGAGAAGAACAAUGAAAAGUUUGAAUCCCGGUUAAUCACCACAGAAGAGAACAUUAUGGCUUUGAAUACAGCUGCUACACACUUGUCGGAAAAAAUAGAGUACUACAAUUUUGAUUCAAUACAGGGCACCCUGAAGAGUGUUCUUGAGUCUCAUGAGUCACUCAGCAGUGACCUCCAGGCACUAAAAUCAAACCUGGAAGAUGUGCAAAGUCUGGCAACUGAUAGAGCGCUUAACCUUCAAAGUGAAAUGCAAGCUCUUGGAUCACGUCAGCAACGGCAGACUGAGGAAAUUCAGUCCAAAUAUAAUGAGCGGCUAAAGCAGCUGGAACAAAAUGUGGAUGGAAUUGGUGAAGAAACUAAGAGAAUGGGAGCUGCGCUGAAUUCAGUGGAAGACAAUGUGCAGUCUGAGUUCCACGAGAAACUAUCAUCAUUGGAAACAUCCAUGGAUGAACUGAGGUCUUCAAUCAAUGAAGUCAAGAAUGAUCUGGAGCUUUUAGGGGCAUCUGUUGAGAGCCUGCUCACAGAAUCUGAAAACACUAAUACAGCUAAGGAUGAAUUGUCAUCCCUAAAGCUGACUCUGAACGAGUUACAAUCUGAUGUUGAUAAACUAUCAGUGUCAUUAAGCAGCUUACGAUAAGCUACCAGGGAAGCAACUUCAAUAAAAUGCAGCUCUUGAGAAAAUGGAAAGAGAUUUGUGUUAGAAUGUUUUUAUAAUGAAAUACAAACUUACUUAAUGUACUGCUGCAUUUUGCAAUUAAAUAAUAAUUAUGAAAAUAACCUUGGUUAAUGCUAGUUUGCUUCUCAACUGAAAACCAGUGAA